AUGGCAAUAAUCAAAAGACUCUUCAUUAAAGCUUCAAACAACUAUGAUUCAAAUUUCCAAAUUGUUCCGGUAAACACAAACCAACCAUUAGAAAUCAAGUCUGAUAUUGGGGUUUUCAAACUUUUGGUAAACAUUAAGCAAUUUGACGGGUCACAACCCCAUUUAUCGAACAGUCUAUACAACCAAGAUGACAAGACAUAUCUCAAUGGUGAGAAAAUUGACUUUAAUCCUACACCAAAGGACAAGGGACCUGAGCCCAACUUAAGGAUCAACAUUGAAUUCACACCGAAAGAGGAUAUCAAGGGUGGUGAUUUGUUAUUCGGUAACGAUUUCACCUAUGCAAUCAAAGAAUAUGUUCCUACAACCUUGAUGAAUACUGGUUUGAAGUUGUUCAAUUGGUUUGUAAAUGACACCGUUAAGGGUGACGUGUACAAUGACAAGCCAUACCUUUACGGUUUGGCAUUGAAUAGUUUCAGCUAUAUCGGAAUAAACCAGCCAAUACCUUUGGGAAUUAUUGACGAAAAGGCACAUCCAAUGAACUUCAAAGAGGAUUUCGAAGGUAAGGUUGAAAAGCCUCCAACGUCGUCAAACGAAAGAAAGAAACGUUUUAAUACGACGGCUAAAUGUGAUGAGUUUACAUUUGAUAAGGGGCAAAAGUACAAUUUCACAUUUGAUACUGAUUUUUUGAAACUAGCCGAUUCCAAGUACUUAGUCUCGAUUCCUAAGUUUGACUUCGAUGUUAGCAGGUACGCCAAUGAUACUCUAAACAACGUCAAUUGGGUCAUAAAAGAGGGUGGAAUUGAAGGCGUUGGUCUUGGAAAAUUGGGGUUAAUUAUCAAUUUUGCUUUAAAGACGGAAGAGAAGGAAGAACAGUCUACUGAACAUUAG